AUGAAGUUUAGACGGCCUCAGCUUCGAGUGCCGCAGUCGCGCUCUGCUUUUGCGGAUGGAAGUGCUCGCUGGACCAAUCUCGAUCUCGAUCCGGUUCCUUUUCAUCGUCGACAAUGGGGACCGCUCAGCUUCAUCUCGUAUUGGGUCUCCGACGCCUUUAAUGCAGCUACAUGGCAGUUUGCUAGCAGUAUAAUAGCAGUCGGACUUAGCUGGCGCGAAUCACUCAUAAUCGUCGCGAUUUCGUUCUUCAUCAUGUCUUUCGUCAUCGCGGGCAACGGUGCUGUCGGUGCGAUCUAUCACAUUCCGUUCCCGGUGAUCUCACGGGCUAGCUGGGGAUUCUGGGGAUCAUACGUCGCCAUUGUCUCUCGGGUUAUUUUGGCGCUGUUUUGGUUCGCAAUUCAGAACGUCAACGGCGGCAACGCCGUGCGUGCCAUGAUUGGAGCUAUCUGGCCUAGCUUCUUGAGGGUCAAGAACGAGAUUCCUGAGGAUCAGGGCAUUACAACCAAUGGCAUGGUCGGAUACUUUAUCUUCUGGCUGUUUCAACUUCCGUUUCUCUGCAUCCACCCGAACAAAGUGCGGUGGCUGUUUGUGGUCAAGUCCGUGCUUGUGCCGAUCGCAUGGAUUGCGAUUUUGAUCUGGGCGUUCGUGGCAGAGGGAGGAGGGGCAAUGUUCGAGCAGAAAGCGACUGUCUCGGGGUCACAGUACAGCUGGGUGUUUUUGGCGAGUAUGACAUCGGUCCUGGGGAACUAUGCCACUCUUAGUGUGAAUCAGUCCGACUUUUCUCGAUACUCGCGUGUUACGGCAAAGUGGCAGCUUCUCUACGUCCCUAUGCUGCCUAUCGUGUUUACAUUCAUCUCGUUCAUCGGCAUUGCCGCCUCCUCAGCUGGCUACGCCAGAUAUGGCGGAUCAGUCCCAUGGGACCCAAUCGAGCUAAUCAGCCACUGGUCCAGCCGGGCAUGUCGCUUUUUCGCAGCAUUCUCAUUCGCUCUGGCUUCUCUGGGUGUCAACAUCUCCGCCAACUCGAUCUCGGCAGCCAACGAUCUGAUGGCCCUGUUUCCAGGACACGUCAAUUUGCGCCGAGGCCAGAUCAUCUGCGGUAUUUUAUCAUGGGCUCUAGUGCCAUGGAAGAUCCUUGAGUCGGCGGACAGCUUCCUGAACUUCAUGUCAGCGUAUGCCAUCUUCCUGGGACCGAUCGCGGCUAUCAUGCUGUGGGACUUUUGGCUGCUGAAGCAUGGAAAGUACGAUACCCUGGCUCUGUACCAGCCAAACAACCCGGUGUAUCGAUACUCGAAAUGGGGCGUGAACUGGCGCGCCAUUGUGGCGUUUAUUGUCGGUGUUGUGCCGAGUCUGCCAGGGCUGAUCAACUCUGUCAAUAGCAGUAUCUCGGUUGGCGUGGGUAUCCACCCGUAUCAAUUCGGAUGGCUGCUGGGAUUUGUGGGGACCAGCGUAGUGUAUGUCGGGUUAUCGUGGGUGUUUCCUGCCCGACAUGCUAUUAUCGACAGGGCCGUGAUGGCCGAAGAAAUCUACGAUGGACGCGAAGUUGACGGAGAAUCCGAAGAAAAGUUGGACAACAUGGACGAGAAGGCCAAAGUAUAA